CUCUCUCGCGCGCGCGCGCAGCCCUCUCUCCCUUUGCUCCCCCGUCCCGUGCUCCUCCCAGGUGUGGGUGCCCAGCCAUGCUGCUUCUCCCUUCCUUCGUCGCUCUCGCCGCGCUGCUUGAUGCCGCCCUUGCACUUCCCGCCGGCGCCACCCUCCGCUCUCUCCCCGGCGUCGGCGGCGAUGCGCCCACCUCGCACGCUGCCCUGCGUCGGCAACUGCAGAACGUCUCCGACCCUCUGCCCGCCGGCGACCGCAGCUACUUCCAGCAGGGCACGCCCACGGCCGUCGCCGCCUCGCUUGUGGAGCGCAUCCAGGUCGGCGCCAAUCUCGCCUCGGCCAUGUACUGUCCCUCGGUGCAGGCCGGCGCGUGGACGUGCGGCGCGCCGUGCGAGGCAGCGGGCGAGGUAAAGGUGCUGUACACCAGUGGCGAUGGCGACCUGGACCCGCAUCAGAAUGUGCUGUGGCUCGAGCAAGAGAAGGCGGUUGCUGUCACGACGGAAGGCUCGAACCUUGACAAGCUCUACUCGACUCUCAACGACGCAAUCUUCAUCCCCAUCACUCCGACCGAGGCGAUCCACAAGUCAUGGGCCACCUACUCGCUCUCGUCGGAGUCUCCCUCGGGGGCGCUCGACGCUGGCAGCAUACCCGCAGGCGCAACGCCUCAUCAUCACGGGCCACUCGCUCGCCAGUGCCAUUGCUGAACUCAACCUCCUCGCCAUGCGCUCCGAUCUCAACACGACGCUGCCGUUUGAGUUCCUUGGCUUUGGCUCG